CAUUGGGGAGUGCGGUGUACCCCUGCCUCUAAAUAUCUAGCUAGCUAUCAACGAGAGUAGCAACGCCGGUUUAAUUCAAUGGGAGAGAGAGGCCAAGAAGAGUCGGUGCUUGUCCUGAGGAUCUCGGAGAUCUAUGGUAGGAUCUCCGAGCUCAGCAACCUGAGCCCAUCCAUGGAGGUGGACGCGAUCUUCACUGAGCUGGUCCACACCUGCAUCCCUGUGGUGGCCAUUGAUGUGUCCAAGUUGAGCUCGGAGGUGCAGGCCAUGAGGACCAAGCUCAUCAAGCUGUGCGGCGAGGCAGAAGGCCUCAUGGAGUGCCACUACUCUGACAUCUUGGCCUCCUUCGACAAUCCGCUCGAUCACUUGCGCCUUUUCCCGUACUACAACAACUACCUCAAGCUGAGCCAGCUCGAGUACACGCUCCUGGCGCGGCACGCCCCGGCUCCGGCUCGCGUGGCCUUCGUCGGCUCCGGGCCCCUGCCGCUGAGCUCCAUCGUGCUCGCCGCGCACCACGUGCCGGCCGCGGCGCAGAUCGACAAUUAUGACGUCGAUGCGGCGGCCAACGAGCGGGCGCGGCGCCUGGUGCGCGGGGGAAGCGACCUGGCGGCGCGUCUGGCGUUUCACACGGCGGACGUGAUGUGCGUGACGCAGGCGCUGCGGGGGUACGACGUGGUGUUCCUGGCGGCGCUGGUGGGCGUCGAGCGCGAGGAGAAGGUGCGGGUGGUGGAGCACCUGGCGCGCCACAUGGCGCCGGGCGCCUUCCUCGUGGCGCGGAGCGCCCACGGGGCGCGCGCGUUCCUCUACCCGGUGGUGGACCCGGCGGAGGACCUCAAGGGCUUCGAGGUGCUGACGGUGCACCACCCCGACGACGAGGUCAUUAACUCGGUCAUCGUCGCGAGGAAGCCGACGCACGCCGGGGGGCAUCCGCCGGCUGCGGCGGCGGUUAUGAGGCCCUGCAAAUGCUGCGAGAUGGUGCAGGGGCUUCAUCACUUCGGCCACGGAAGCAUCGUAGAGGAGGUUGGGCUGGAAGAAGUAGAACUGCCAUCCUCGUGAUAAGCCAAUUAAUCAAAGUUAACGCGAGCUUUAUUUUAAUGGUGUAUCCGUGCUGCGUGCUGUCUUCUUCAAGUGUUUUGCUUAAUUACCAUUUGCCAAGGGGAAAUGUGGCAUUUGCGUGUUGUUAUCAUGCAAUAAUAUUAAUAAUUUGUGUGUUAAUCUUCUACGA